GAAGCAAAGCAAUCCAGCUGAUCUUAGAAGAGUACCACGUCUCAAGUUUAGCAUGGCUCCAAGCACAGCCAUGGCCUCCAAGCAGAUAGUGUAUAUGAAUAACGGACAGGGGGAAACAAGCUAUGCCUGCAACUCCCAAAUUCAGGGCGGUGCGCAGAACAAGAUGAAGCCCCCGAUAGAAGCGGCCAUCAACGAGUUGCGCAGCAGCACCACCAGCUUGCUCCCCGCACAGAUGCUGAUCGCGGACUUGGGCUGCUCCUCUGGCCCAAACGCGCUAGAACUGGUAUCGGUUGCCGCUGAGGCCAUCAAGAGACACUGCGAUAAGCUCCAGCAGCCACCGCCAGAAGUGUGCUUGUUCCUAAACGACCUACCUGGCAAUGACUUCAACAUCGUGGUGAAGAGCUUGCACACACUCCGCCAACGUAGCAGUUCUACUGUUACGACCGGCGUCAUACCGGGGUCGUUCUACGAGAGGCUUUUCACUACUGGCUCUAUGCAUCUUUUCUGUUCGUCCAACAGCCUGCAUUGGCUCUCAGAGGCGCCUGAAGUCCUUAGGAAGAACCAGAUUCCGGCAUACGACAUCGAUGAGAAUGUUAGGCGUGAAAGGCUCCCUAUAGUCAUUGAAGCUUAUGCCGAGCAGUUCAAGAAAGACUUUAAAAAUUUCCUAAAUCUUAGAGCCACGGAAUUGGUCGAAGGUGGCUAUAUGGUUCUUUCCCUUAUAGGCAGGCGUCCUAAUGACUCCACCUCUGAAUUCUCUGAUCUUUUUGAAAUCGUUGUUAAGAUUCUACGUGUCAUGGCCUCAGAGGGUGUGAUCGACAAGGCAAAGUUCGAAUCUUUUUAUGUGCCGAUGUAUGCACCUUCCGACCAAGAGCUGAGGGAUAUCAUCCAAGAAGAGGGGUCCUUUUGCACCAAGGAUUUGAUGGUGCAUGACUUAAAAAUAUUUGUAGACAAAUCGACCAUCAACGCAAGCUGGGCACUAAACCAGAUCAGGGCCGUAUUUGAGCCGAUAAUUGUGCAACACUUUGGAGACGUGAUGGAUGAGUUUGUGAAGACCGCGGAGCAGCGGUGGAGCCAGGAGGGAAGCUUGCAGGACGAGUUUAUCAAACACCAAACAGUCACGUUUAUCAUGUCAUUGACGAAGGCAUGAUGAUGAGCUCUGGCGGGUUCUUUACUGCUUGUUUUCCGAUGGUACACCGUAUUGAUGAGAUUCAACCUUUACCUUCUUUCAGGCAACAACUAUAGAAACAGGAGGCACAUUGGAUGCAAUAGUCAUUAGUCAUUAGACACAUAAGGUGUACUAAUGCACUAGGACAGCUUACUAAUUCCUGUAUUCUAAAUAAGACAUGAAAAUGUGCUAUACGCUUAUG